AUGUUCAACUCCAAAAAUAAUAAUAAUAAUAAUAAUAAUAAUAAUAAUAAUAAUAAUAAUAAUCAAGAUGAAGAUCAAAUAAAUUCAAAUAUUUUCGAAAAUUUGGCUUUUGUUUUCGAUAAAACCAUUAAUCUCAAAAGAAAAAUUGAGCUAAUAAAUAUUAUUAAAAAGAAUGGAGGCAAAUGCUGCUACUCAUGCACAAAUGCCACACAUUUAAUCUCCACAAAAGAAGGCUAUUUAGAGAAGACCCAAAAAGUUGAACAAGCUCUUUCUUUGGGCAUCCCAAUUUUGGUUAAAGAAUUUGUCUAUGAUUGUGAACUUAAAAAAGAGUUAAUUCCUAAUGAAACCUUUUUAUUAUCAUCCUUAACAUCUUAUUCAUCUGUUUUAUCCCUACCACAAGAGUUAGAGGUAAAAUUAAAUAAUGAAGAUAAUAAUACUCUUGCCUCCAUUAAUAUGGUCGAACUUGAUGAUGAUCAAACAACAACAACCGAUACAGCAAAUAAUAGCUCAUCAAUUAUUACUUUGGGUGCUUUAGAAGAUAUAAAUGGUAAUAGUGCAAAUACCAUCGCUGAAAUCAACCCAAAACUUUUAGAAGCCGAAAAUCAAGCACUCAAGGAGAGAAUUAAAGAGAUAGAACAUGAAUUUAAAUGUUAUAAAAUUGCAAAGGAGAAUUUAGAAAUGGAGAAAGAUUUAGAAAUAAAAAUAAUAUUAAAGAGUCAAAGAAAUAAUAGUACCCUCAUUUGA